UCCUGGCAUUGUGUUUCUUUGGACGAAGAGAGGCCUAAAACCCUGUCAUCUCUCUCUCUCUCUCUUCGCUGGGGAAGACUUUGUCUUCCUCUUUGAUCUGCAACUAAAGAAAGUUUUUCUUUCUUGCCCUUUGGGUAAAUGGGUUUCUGCUAAUUUGUAUUGAAGAUUAGUGAGGCUCAUGUUUCCAGGCCUUAGAAGAAGAAAUUGGACAUAGGGGACAAAUCCUUAGCUUCAUUGUGGAGGAAAUUCGGGUUUUCUUUUAAAGGUAUGUGUCAAUUAUAACUGUUUUGAGCUGAAAUUGGAGACAUGACAAGGGGAAGGAUAAGGGAGAAGCUCCACCGGAGCCAUCUUUACUCAUUUUCAUGCCUCCGGCCAAGUACCAUGGAGGCUGAGGGGCUGAAUUCAGUUCACGGCUCACGAACUGUACACUGCAACGAACCUCAACUCCACCAGAAGAAACCUCUGAAUUACUGCUCGAAUUAUACUUCAACCACAAAGUAUAAUAUUGUUACAUUCUUCCCCAAGGCAAUCUUUGAGCAAUUUCGAAGGGUUGCUAAUGUGUACUUUCUUUUGGCUGCGGCUCUUUCGCUCACAGCAAUUUCGCCAUUCAGUGCUGUAAGCAUGAUUGCUCCGCUGGCAUUUGUUGUUGGGCUCAGUAUGGCAAAGGAAGCCCUGGAAGAUUCACGUAGGUUCGUUCAAGAUAUGAAGGUUAAUCUCCGGAAAGUCAGUGUUCAUAAAGGGAAUGGCGUUUUUGGUUAUAGGCCGUGGCAUAAGAUUCGAGUGGGAGAUGUGGUGAAAGUGGAAAAGGAUCAAUUUUUUCCUGCAGAUUUGCUUCUCUUGUCAUCUACUUAUGAGGAUGGGAUCUGCUAUGUGGAGACUAUGAAUUUAGAUGGUGAGACAAACUUAAAAAUAAAGAGAUCUUUGGAGGUAACCUUGACUUUGGAUGAUGAUGAAUCCUUCAGGGAUUUCACAGGGAUAAUUCACUGUGAAGACCCAAACCCCAGUCUUUACACCUUUGUGGGUAAUUUGGAUUAUGAUCGUCAGGUUUUUAAUCUUGAUCCUGCUCAGAUUCUCCUUAGAGAUUCAAAGCUCAGGAAUACAGCUUAUGUGUAUGGUGUUGUGAUCUUCACUGGUCAUGAUAGCAAAGUCAUGCAGAAUGCAACAAAGUCUCCUUCGAAAAGGAGCGGCAUUGAAAAAAAGAUGGACUAUGUGAUAUACAUCCUUUUCACUCUCCUUGUACUGAUCUCAGUGAUAAGCUCGAUAGGCUUUGCUGUCAAGACUAAGUACCAAGUACCUAAAUGGUGGUAUUUACAACCUCGGAGUACUGAUAAUAUAUUUAAUCCCGAGAAGCCCGGCUUGACUGGGUUUUAUCAUCUGAUCACUGCUCUCAUCCUUUAUGGAUAUUUAAUACCGAUCUCGCUUUAUGUUUCAAUUGAGGUUGUCAAGGUUUUGCAAGCAACCUUCAUGAACCAAGACAUACAUAUGUAUGAUGAAGAGACUGGGAAUCCUGCUCAAGCGCGGACAUCGAAUUUGAAUGAGGAGCUGGGCCAGGUAGACACAAUCCUCUCUGAUAAAACUGGCACUUUGACCUGCAAUCAGAUGGAUUUUCUUAAGUGCUCCAUUGCCGGAACUGCAUAUGGUAUGCGUUCUAGUGAAGUUGAACUUGCUGCUGCAAAACAGAUGGCUAUCGAGGAGGAAGCCGAUCUUUCCAAUUUUCCCAUGCCUGUAGAUAGGCAACAUGGUUCAACGAAGAAUGUCAGAAGAGGUUCCGAAAUUGAACUGGAGACUGUUAUUACUUCUAAUCAUGGAAAUGAUCAGAAACCUACCAUAAAAGGGUUUAGCUUUGAGGACAGCCGCCUCAUGAAUGGAAAUUGGUUGAAAGAACCAAAUGUUGAUGUCCAUAAACUGUUUUUCCGGAUAUUAGCAAUUUGUCAGAGUGCAAUUCCUGAGCUGAAUGGAGACACUGGGAAUUUUACAUAUGAAGCAGAGUCACCUGAUGAAGGGGCUUUUCUUGUUGCAGCAAGAGAAUUUGGUUUUGAGUUUUGUAAAAGAACUCAAUCAAGUGUGAUCAUCCGUGAAAGAUAUCCUAAUCCAAGACAACCAGUUGAAAGGGAGUACAAAAUUCUGAAUAUACUGGAGUUCACCAGCAAAAGAAAGCGAAUGUCUGUAAUUGUGAAGGAUGAGGAGGGAAAUAUUCUGCUUCUAUGCAAAGGUGCUGACAGCAUCAUUUUUGAGCGACUUUCAAGGAAUGGAAGAAUAUACGAGGAAGCUACUACCAGGCAUUUGAAUGAAUAUGGAGAAGCUGGGUUGCGUACAUUGGCACUUGCUUAUAGAAAACUUGAUGAGUCUGAGUAUGCCACUUGGAAUGAUGAGUUUCAGAAAGCUAAAACAUCUAUUGGGGGUGAUAGAGAGGCAAUGCUUGAGCGGGUAUCAGAUAUGAUGGAAAGAGAGUUGAUACUUAUUGGUGCUACUGCUGUGGAGGACAAAUUGCAAAAAGGGGUACCCCAGUGCAUUGAUAAACUUGCACAAGCUGGUCUCAAGAUCUGGAUUUUGACAGGCGAUAAGAUGGAAACGGCAAUCAACAUAGGAUUUGCUUGUAGUUUGCUUCGACAGGGCAUGAAGCAGAUCUGUAUAACGACAAUGAAUUCAGACACAUUAGUGAAAGAUGGCAAAGAGGCUGUGAAAGAGCACAUUUUGAAUCAACUCACCAAUGCCUCUCAAAUGAUAAAGCUGGAUCAGGAUCCACAUGCUGCAUUCGCAUUAAUUAUCGAUGGGAAAACUCUGACCUAUAUUUUAAAGGAUGAGAUGAAGCAUCAAUUUUUGGGAUUAGCAGUUGAUUGUGCAUCUGUCAUAUGCUGUCGCGUCUCUCCCAAGCAAAAGGCAAUGGUAACGAGGUUAGUAAAAGAAGGAACUGGGAAAACCACCUUAGCAGUAGGUGAUGGUGCAAAUGAUGUGGGAAUGAUCCAAGAAGCUGAUAUUGGUGUUGGCAUUAGUGGGGUUGAAGGUAUGCAGGCUGUAAUGGCUAGUGACUUCUCCAUUGCCCAGUUUCGGUUUUUGGAGAGACUUCUGGUAGUCCAUGGACAUUGGUGCUACAAGAGAAUUGCUCAGAUGGUUUGCUAUUUCUUCUACAAAAAUAUAGCAUUUGGUCUUACCCUCUUCUACUUUGAGGCAUUUGCAGCCUUUUCUGGGCAGUCAAUUUAUGAUGAUUGGUACAUGCUGUUGUUUAAUGUUAUACUUACCUCAUUACCUGUCAUUUCACUUGGAGUUUUUGAACAAGACGUGUCUUCUGAGGUCUGCCUUCAGUUCCCGGCACUAUAUCAGCAAGGCCCUAGAAACCUGUUCUUCGACUGGUACAGGAUACUGGGGUGGAUGGGCAACGGUGUCUAUUCCUCCCUCGUUAUCUUCUUCCUCAACAUUAUCAUCUUCUACGAUCAGGCAUUCCGAGCUGGAGGCCAGACAGCUGAUAUGGCAACUGUGGGUACAACCAUGUUCACUUGCAUCAUCUGGGCUGUCAACUGCCAGAUUGCACUCACAAUGAGCCACUUCACAUGGAUCCAACAUCUCUUUGUCUGGGGCAGCAUCGUCACUUGGUACCUGUUUCUCAUACUCUAUGGCAUGACAUCACCACUUAUUUCUGGGAACGCCUACCAACUUCUGGUUGAAGUUCUUGGUCCUGCUCCUAUAUAUUGGGCAGCCACCCUUUUAGUAACAAUUGCUUGUAAUCUUCCUUACUUUGCCCACAUAUCUUUCCAAAAAUGUUUUAACCCAAUGGAUCAUCAUGUCAUCCAAGAAAUCAAGUACUACAAGAAAGACAUCGAGGAUCAACGCAUGUGGACUAGGGAGCGGUCCAAAGCAAGACAGGAUACCAAGAUUGGGUUCACAGCAAGGGUGGAGGCUAAAAUCAGGCACUUGAGAGGGAGGCUGCAGAAGAAGCACUCCAACAUGGUUGCCUCGUGACAUGUCCCUGACUUUUCAUUUUCUGAAAAAAUUUUCCUAGGGUUUGUGGCCUUUCAUAGUUUUACCAUUCUUUGUUUUCUUGGUUUUUUUUUUUUUUUUUUUGGUCAUAUUCAUCACAGAAACGCAUUAGAUAGGGCCUGUUGUAUGUACAAUACUUAUUGAGUUGAAGAAUAGUUGAUUUUUGCCUAAAA